AUGGCGUUCUUAAGGCAUAUCCAUAGUUCGUCCGACUUGGCAAGUAAACUACUGUACACUCCGGUUCAAGAUCUGAAUGUACUCCAGGACACUCUCCUAAAUAACAAAGCUUCCGGUUUGGUGGUCAUUGACUUCCACGCUGCGUGGUGCGGACCUUGCCAUGCAAUUGCACCGUUCUAUGAGCAACUCAGUCAACAGUACACGCAUGUUGCCUUUGCUAAAGUGGAUGUUGAUGCGCUUCAAGGCGUUGCCAAAAAGGUGUGUAAUCUUCUGCAGGGAGGCUCUUCCAAGGAUGACUCGGCUGCCUCCAAGGAUGUUUCCUUAUUGGAGUACCUGGAUUCUACUCAGUUGAACUGUCUCAACGAAUCCGACACGCAUAAUAUCAAGAACGAACAAUUACUUAUUAACCUUUAUUUCAAUCAAGCUGUUCGCAUCCGAUCCAUAGUCAUACAUACAGUAGAUGCCUCACAUGCCCCCAAAGCCAUUAAACUCGCCAUCAAUCGCGCCUCAAUUGGAUUUGAAGAUGUUGAAUCAGCAAUUGAGCCUGAUAUGGCGCAGAAGCCUGCACAUUUUGUCGCGUCCAACCACGGCAACGAGGAUGAAACGCGAAUUAAUGCGAUCGAUGUUUUUGGGCAACCCGUCGAAACCACCAAGAUGGCCAAUUUCCAUGCUCCUGAAGAGUAG